AUGCCAUCACAGCACUACAGUCACUGUCCCACAAGAUACUCCUACAGCCACAGCAGAAGCCGUGAUUACUCGCCACUUCACAGAAGAUCGAGCACAGAAACUUCACGAUCGGAUAGAAGUUCGAGAGACUCAUAUUCACGUGAGGAGGACAGCGUGAAAGAAACUCGUAGAACUGUACAUCGUAAACGUGUAGUUUACUCACCGAUACCAAGAAGAAACAAAUCACAAAAAUUACAGAUCCGCAGAAGAAAGGAAAAGGAUGAUGAACCAAUUUCAUCGAGAACGAGAUCAAAGACUGCGGCGAAACGCGGGCGCAAAAACAAGACGUCCAAGGACGUUGCGAAGUUGGGCAGCACAGCACCGAGAACGAGAAGAAGGAAAGCUACCGGCAGUGCAAAGAAAAGUUCAUCUGCAAGGAAGUCUAGAAGGACGAGAUACUAA